ACCAGUUACUUCAGUCAGCGUCCACAUUAGCCACUCCAGCGUUGCGGGUUCGACCUCGGCGAACGUGCAUGGAGAAGUCGAGUCGAAGGGCCUCACGUGACACUUGCGGACUAAUAGGAGUAAUUCAUUUUGUGUGACAGCUCAGGAUCAGCUGGGGUCCGCGGGCGGAAGGAUAUCGGCGAAGGCCGGAAGUUGAGCGCGGUCCCGCCUCUUCUUCAGGUCUCAUCUUGUUGGCUGGAGUAAAACAAGCGCUUACCUUUAUUGGCUGCCGAGCUGUCGGUCACCGAACUGCCACUCUGGGCAGCUCGACUCCAUUUGCUAAACUCUUUAUCAGCGCCUUGUCCUGUCGCUCCAUCAGCGCCCUGAAUGCGGUUCUGCUCUGGACUCGUCUCCACAGACAGAUGCGCCGCUUCCGGACUGGUCCCACUGAGGUGAAGCGCCGACAACCCGAUUGUGCCUCCCGGACCAUGACAGCAGCUCGUCUCGGACCCACCUCCUGCUAGAAGGCCUCCUGGAUUCCCCCUGUCAGCAGGAGCUCUGAGAACACGAGGAGGCAGCUGUCUCCACUCACUGCCGCCGAAGCUCAGCGGAACCAUGGGGAGGAAGAAGAUCCAGAUCCAGCGCAUCACGGACGAGCGCAACAGACAGGUGACCUUCACCAAGAGGAAGUUCGGCCUGAUGAAGAAGGCAUACGAGCUGAGUGUCUUGUGCGACUGUGAGAUCGCGCUCAUCAUCUUCAACCACUCCAACAAGCUGUUCCAGUACGCCAGCACCGACAUGGACAAGGUGCUGCUCAAGUACACAGAGUACAAUGAGCCGCACGAGAGCCGCACCAACGCCGACAUCAUCGAGGCUCUGAACAAGAAAGAGCACCGAGACUCUGAGAGCCCAGACCCAGAGGAGCCUGUCUCCCUCACCCCACGCACAGAGGAGAAAUACAAAAAAAUUGACGAGGAGUUUGAUAAAAUGAUGCAGAACUAUAGACUGUCAACUUCGGCCCAUCAGACGCCCUUCAUGCCCGUCGCUGUUCCAGUCUCCAGUGAGAGCUCCAACCUGGUGGGGGCGCUGCCGUUCAGCCAGCAGCCCAGUGGCUCCCUACUCUCUUCCUUCUCCUCCUCUGGACUCCCUGACCCGAGGCUCCUGUCGCCACAGCAGCCCAGCCUGCAGAGGAACACCAGCUCCCCAGGGCUGCCUGCAAGACCCGCCAGCGCAGGAGCUUUGCUGGGGGGAGACAUGGGCAACUCUAAUGGAGCAUGUUCUAGUCCAGUCCCUAACGGCUACAGCAGCGCCCGAGCGUCUCCAGGUCUCCUUUCAGUCUCCAACGCCAACAUUCAGUCCAAGCCAAAGUCUCCCCCACCAUCCAGUCCUCAGAACCGCAAACUGGACCUACGAGUCAUCACCUCGCAGAGUGGCAAGAGUCUCCUGCAGCUGACGGAGGAGGAGCUGGAGCUGGUGACUGAGAGUGCUCAGCGGCUCAGCGCUCAGCACACACUCACCACGCCGGUGGUCUCCGUGGCGUCUCCCAGCCUGGCAGGGCCCUUCUCAGGCCUGCAGCCGUCGUACAGCAGCGACUACCAGCUGAGCAGCGCCGACCUCACCGCCCUGCAGACAUUCACACCGCCGUCACUGGUGUCUGGCAACAUGGCCGCCUGGCAGCAGCAGCCCUCUGUUGCUGAGCAACAACAUCUCCUGACGCAGACGUCGCUUGGCAACUUGGUGCCGGUCGGUCACCUUCCCCUGACCAUCAACACCAACACGAACGUCAAUAUCAAGUCUGAGCCUGUGUCACCCAACCGUGACCACAGCACGGCGAGCGGCGGUGGUGGCCCCAGCGGGCUGGUCCUGGGUCCGAGUCUCGUGUCGGUGUCGUAUCCCGGGAUGCUGCGCCUGGAGGUCGCAGGUCAAGGUCACUCGCCGGUCAACAGUCUAAGCAGCAAUGGGAGCACGUACGAGGGGAGCGACCGUGACGAGGGUGGGCAAGGACGGGGCGGUGCUCAGAACUUCCACCAGCAGGUCCAGGAGCCCUCCUUGGUCCAGCUGAGACCAGCGUCCACGGAUCCCCCGGACCAGGACAGCUCGAGCGUCAAGAGGAUGAGACUGGACUCGUGGGUGACGUAAAGAUUAACGCCGACAGGCUGGACGUGUUGCUGCUACGCCCCCCCAUAAUCCGCCCCCAAAGCUCCGCCCACUAUCACACACACGCGCUCGCUGAAGCCUGGCUGCACUUGAAAGCAUUUCAACACACACGAAUCACCGAUGCCGCCAAGCUGUUUCCACGGUGACGGUCAGUGGGCUUGUCUUCGGAGCAGCAGUGCCCACCUCGGUUAUUCUAGAUUGUAAAGGGUGUUUGGAGGCCAGUAGGGGGCGUCAAAGAUCAUGGGCUGCACUUCACCUUGGCGCCACAGACACCCACACCCGUGCACACACACACACACACACACACUUCGUCAGAAAAAGUUCCAUCCAUCCAUCCGAUCCAGCGAUGAGGUAGAUGUCCGGCAGAGGCUGAAUGAGUCACCCACAGGGGGCACCAGAGAGCAUGUAGCGCCAAGGACCUCACCUGAGGGCCACAUCCUCUCAGGCGCUGUUGCCAUGGAAACAGCAACACCAUCUUAGAUCCCCGUGAUGAAACCGUUAUUGUGGCGAUCUCACUUUUGCUUUCUUUUCUUGGUCAACAAAUUUGUUUUGCAUCAAAUGUUUUAUUGGCAGCUACAUCCCCAACUAUGCCACAGACACAGUCACACACUUUGUCUACACACACACAGACUCGGACAAUCGUUCAGACAUAUCUCUGGUUUUCAGUUUGUUUCAUUUGAAUUUUUGUUUUGUCAAAAUGUAUUUGUUUUCUUCAGUUAAAUUAAAAUUUCUCAUGUUGCACGACAAUGUGCUGCUGGAGUGCUGCGACACACACGCACACACACACACCUGGAUGUUGACGAUGAUGUCACUGUGCAUGGUCGUCGCAGAGUUAAUAUAUUUGUUUUCAGAAGUCGGUGUAUAUUUUGAUAAACAAAUGCACUGAUGUUGUUUUUAACUGCUUUUACUAAACAAGUAUGUGAUGUCGUACCAAAGUCUGCAAGCCUUCUUUUGUUUGACAUCUUUUCUAUAUUAAAUACUCUCAACGUUG